UCAGCCGCAAAGUCAUUGUCCAUGAUGCAAGCGGAGCGUUAGCAUCAAUUUUCGUUCCUUGCACUGUUUGCUUAUCUCAGUUUCAGCGCUGAUGGUGCGUGAAAAGUACUGUUGGUUCUUUGUUGUACUUUUUUUGAAAGCGCUUCUGUGACAUCGUUUCGAAAGGAUAAACGUUUUAUUACCAUCUACCUGAUCUUGUUGUUGUUGCGCGAACCCAUUGUGUAUGACGUUAAUCGUUAAUUAUAUCGAGUGACAGAGAACUGUUCAUCAUCCAAGAAGGCGCUGCUUGCGGGAAGAUCAAUUUACAUCAAAUACCGUUACGGAUUCCAGGCAGUAGGCCUAGUGCAAAGAAAACUAACGGAUGGAAAAGUGCUGCUCUUACUGAAGAAAAUUGCAAAGGCAUUAGUUUUUCGCAUCGCCGAACGAGUUACAAGAAAGACAACCAAUAAGAAUCAGCGGUGAAUUGUGAUUAGUGAUCGCGAAAAAUCGGAAGCUCGUUUGCGAAAGUUCAAGAUUUUUCUCAUAUUUGUUAUGAAAAGGCCUAUAUCAAAAGAUAUGAUAGCAUCAUUUUUUCUGCUAUGCCUGGCAGUAAAUUUUGCUGCCGGGCGAAUAGCAUUUGAAAAGUUAACGGAUUUUGAUUUUCAAGGAACGACCUAUUAUAGUGUAAAGAAUCUUUCGUUAUACGAGUGUCAAGGGUGGUGCCGUGAAGAACCAGAUUGCCAAGCAGCCGCAUUUAGUUUUGUUGUCAAUCCUUUAACACCUGCACAAGAAACACUAUGUCAGCUGCAGAAUGUCACAGCAGCCAAUAAUCCUGCGAGUACGCCGCAGAGAUCAUCGAGUAUGUACUACAUGGUGAAACUGCAGCUUCGGUCGGAAAACGCUUGCCAACGGCCUUGGAAUUUCGAGCGCGUUCCGAAUAAAAUUAUUCGAGGACUUGAUAAUGCGUUGAUUUAUACCAGUACGAAGGAAGCAUGCUUGUCCGCGUGUUUAAAUGAGAAACGGUUCAUAUGCCGUUCUGUGGAAUAUGAUUACAAUAAUAUGAAAUGUGUGUUGAGCGACUCUGAUAGGAGAACAACUGGGCAACUGGUUCAGCUGGUUGAUGCCCAAGGCGUUGACUAUUUUGAAAAUCUUUGUUUGAAACCAGGUCAGGCGUGUAAAUACACCAGGGGAUUCCAGCUACCACGCACAGGCGUUUCAGAAGAUAAAGUUUCCCAAUAUGUGGGCCUCCAUUACUACACUGACAAGGAACUACAAGUCACUUCUGAUUCGGCGUGCAAAUUAGCUUGUGAAAUUGAAACCGAGUUCCUCUGUCGGUCAUUCCUGUACAUGGGGCAACCAAUGGGAUCGCAGUAUAAUUGUCGCCUAUAUCACCUCGAUCAUAAAUCGCUGCCAGACGGGCCAUCAACGUACUUGAAUGGAGAACGACCUUUGAUCGAUGUCGGCGAACCAUCAGGAGUAUACUACGAGAACUCGUGUGAGAAGGCAGGACCUGGUGAGACCACGCUCCCUGUGGUAUUCGAUGCAGCAGAAGAUCACUCGAUCAAUAACUUAACCAGGAACGACGCUAACUGUGAUAAAACUGGAACAUGCUACGAUGUAUCUGUGCACUGCAAAGACACGCGGAUUGCGGUACAAGUCCGCACCAACAAGCCAUUCAACGGACGUAUCUAUGCUCUGGGACGAUCCGAAACGUGCAAUAUUGAUGUGAUUAACUCGGAUUCCUUCCGGUUAGAUCUCACAAUGGGAGGACAGGACUGUAACACGCAGAGUGCCACUGGUAUCUACAGUAAUACUGUGGUUUUGCAACAUCACUCAGUGGUUAUGACCAAGGCAGACAAGAUCUACAAGGUGAAGUGCACCUACGACAUGAGUUCCAAGAACAUUUCUUUCGGAAUGUUACCGAUUCGCGAUCCCGAGAUGAUCCACAUCAACUCCUCUCCAGAAGCUCCUCCUCCAAGGAUUCGCAUUUUGGACGCAAGAACUCGGGAAGUGGAAACUGUUCGUAUUGGAGAUCGUCUCACAUUCCGUAUUGAAAUUCCAGAGGAUACUCCCUAUGGUAUAUUUGCUCGAUCAUGCGUUGCAAUGGCCAAGGACUCGAAAAGCACAUUCCAAAUUAUCGAUGAUGAUGGAUGUCCUGUCGAUCCAACAAUUUUCCCCGCAUUUACUCAAGAUGGAAAUGCCCUGCAGUCGAUAUACGAGGCCUUCCGAUUUACAGAGAGUUACGGUGUGAUUUUCCAAUGCAAUGUCAAAUAUUGUUUGGGCCCAUGCGAGCCAGCAGUCUGUGAAUGGGGUAGGGAUUCAGUAGAGUCCUGGGGCAGAAAACGUCGUUCCGUAACAAGGAAUGAAACAAUCACGGAGGAAGAGGAAGAGGAAAUGAAUAUCUCACAAGAAAUUCUUGUUCUCGACUUUGGAGAUGAAAAGAACCGAGAUUUCCUGAGAAGUGAAGCCAGCACAGAAUAUGGUAGAGAUAAAACCGUCACCAUAAUCGAACCAUGUCCAACCAAAACUUCUGUAUUAGCGUUGGCCGUGACGUGCUCUCUAAUGGUGUUGGUCUACAUGUCUACCCUGUUCUGCUACUACAUGAAAAAGUGGAUCCAACCACACAAGGUCAUGGCAUAGGGCUAUCAAGGAAAACGGCAACGACGACUCAGCAUUAGCCUAAUUUAUUUAUUGUGCUGUACUAGUUUGAUAAGAGCGAGUUAUUCUUCCCGAUAAAGGAACAGAUGAUAGAAAUCAUCAUAGCUGACAAGGAAGCAAGGUCAACAAAACUAUGAAAGCGAUUAUAUAUUUAGAAUUUUUUGAGCAGUCAAUGUUGUUUAAUUUCCCACAACAGUUUUGUUUGUAAGUAUUUAUUAGGACUGUGACGGACAAUCAUACAUCAGACGUAUACACAAAGUAUUUUAAAAUAAAAUACUCUUGUGUUCGGAAAUACAACAAACUUUGCUACGACUGAAAUAUUAUGUCAAAGUUAAUUCAAAAGGGAGUUUAUAGGACAAUCGAUUAGUGCAUGUUAUAUGCAUGUGGUAGGACAAAUAACCUAAUGUGUACUUAUGUAAAACUCUGGUCUACUAGAAGAAUUUAUCGAAAACGAUGUCACCGGUGUGGAAAUAGUAUUCAAUAUUUAUGAUGAACCGGUUUAGAUUAUUAGUGCCACUACAGGGAUGAUAUGCAUCGUAUUACGAGAACCAACACACGGAACAAUGAAAUUUACGCCUGGAAGUUGAUUUGUUCUAUUCAAUCCAUCGUUGUGUUGAACACAAUUUCACAACACGUCAAACACAUGAUUAAGAACAAACUAAUAUUAUAACUGUUAUGCAAGGACCAUUCUGUCAGCAUAAGUUCUCGUACCCUUGAUUUACAGCAGGCAUAGGAAUGUUUCAUUUGAAACAAUUGCAAUCAUGACAUAGUUUUCAUUAGAGAACUUAUAUUUCUUAAAUAUCUUAAUACCUUAAUACAUAUUUGUACAAGAUAGAGGAAUUGAAAAAAAAAACAAAUUAUCGUAAAUGACUUGUUUUUAACCAUGUUUUGAAAUAAUUAUUUCCACAGAAUCAUAAUGAUUAUACAAUUUGAACGCAACAACUGAAGGUUUACGAUAUUUAAGAAAAUCAGUAAUAGACCGUAGAAAAGCGAUCGUCGGCUAGAUGGCUCUUUCUAUUGGGUUAAUCAUUGUAUAGUGAGUUGCACAGCAUGAUGUAUUUCUAAAGGAACAAAACUAGAGCACAGAAUUAGUAAAAAUGAACUAAAGCUUGUGUGAAGCAAUAAUGAAACUAUCAAUUUAUAACCCAUAUAGAGAUUGCUUGUCAUUUAGAAUAGUAAUUUAUUUUAAACCCAUAGUUAAUACCAAACCACUCGAACAGUAUCUAUCGGACUUCAUGUGAGUUCAUAUGCUCUUUGAUGAAUGGUUUUGAUUCAAACAUUAUCAUCGUAUUUAUUUUAAAUCAUCGACAUCAUCACCAUCUAGAACAUUAAGAUCAUUUUAAAUAAAACAACGACGAAAAUAAGAAAAUGCAAAAUCCUGUCCAUAGAAUUAAAUGAAGAUCGAAAAAAACUUUACUCUUACUGAAUGACUUUUGCUAGUUAUAAUAAAUUUUUAUGCAACGUAACAA